CAUCCCGACACUCCCAAUGGAGGAGAGGAGGAGGAGGAGGAGGAGGACGAUAAGGAAGAUGCAAUCAGCCGUCGUCCCGGACCUUGAUGAAUGAUAGUAAAACUAACAUGGAGUACAUUUGAAACGCGAUUUAAUCAUCGGUCUUUGCCGUGCUCUGCUCGGGGCUGUUCGGAGUGAUGAUGGCGUCGCAGUGCACGGAGCGAGCCGUGCAGGAGUUCCUGAUGGAGAGAGGAGGGAGGGUCCGACAGAUGGAGCUGAUCGAUCAUUUCCUAUCAAUUUGCAGGGAGAAUGACCCGUCGAAGAAAGGGGUGGACCGGGAGGUAGUGCAACGCAUCGUGGACAACGUGGGUUCCGUGCAAGUGGAAAACGGCGUGAAAUUUGUGUGCUUGGACACUGAAGGCAUCGCGGCAUCGGUGAUGCGUGGGGACACAGACGGCCACGAUCACGCGGAGUGCAACGGGAAUAACCAGGAGACACUGGACAACAGCUAUGUCAACAUCAACACUGACAACGACGGCCCACCAGGAGUGUCCGUCGCAAUGGCAGCCAGCCUGGACAAUGACAAGCAGUCCAACGGCAAUGACCACCCAGCAGCCCCCUCCCAGAAUAGUAAGAGCAAUUCAUCAACUCCUACCCCGGGUGGAGGAGGGGAAGUGAAACUGAGGGACAGGAGGAGGCGAGAGUCGGCCCCGGUGAUUGGGCUUUCAGAUGUGGACCAGGCUCACCCUGCGGGGUCCCACAACCAGCAGGUAAGAGGGUCACGCAGGGUGUCCAAAGGGUCCCAGCGAGCCAUGCUGAUCAGCUGCCUGUCUGAGGACAGCCCCUUUGAUGGGCUCGACCAUAUCGGAGAUAUCAACACGCCCAAGGGGAGCCGCAGGAACUUCAUAGAGCUGAUGAUGAGCAGUUCUCCUCAGGUGCGGAGGUCUCUGAUUAACCGUGGCACACGCCUGCGGGACUCAGUGAGGAGUGAUGGAGAUUCAACUUCAAUCCUCUCCUCAAACACCGAUGAGGACUGUGCCUCAGUGACCCUGGACCCGCUGGAACACGAGUGGAUGCUGUGCGCAUCAGACGGCCUUUGGGAAAGCCUGCAGUCGCUUCUCGCUGUAGAGCCCAGCCUGGUGACCAAAAAGGACUUUGUGACGGGUUUCACCUGCCUCCACUGGGCGGCUAAACAGGGCAACGCGGAGCUGCUCUCCCAGCUGCUGGACUUUGCCAAGGACAACUCUAUACCUGUGAAUGUAAACGUGAGAUCGAGUGCUGGAUACACACCGCUUCACCUGGCAGCUAUGCAUGGACACACACAGGUGGUUCGUGUGCUACUCUCAGACUGGGAGGCGGACCCCGAAGCUCGAGACUACAGCGGGAGGCGAGCCAUCCAGUACCUUUCUCCCCCGCUAGCCGCAGAUCUGCAGGAGGAGGGAGUGGUCACCUCACCGGGACCUGAGUCAGACACCGAAAACACCAACAGUGGCAGCAGUGGAGGGCGUGGCUGGCGGUUUCCCAGAGUCCUUCAGGGCAAUCUGAAUCCGCUGCGGCUCCUGAACCCUUCCCCUGAGGCUGCAGAGGACACAGGAGCAACGGAGAAGACUAAAGGAGGGUGGCAGAGGAAGUCAUCUCUGGGUCGGCUGAACGCCCGGCUUCAUCGCGGUCGCCACAGAGCCCAGAUCAUCCACAGCGCCUCCUUCAGGGACACGGGGGAGGUGGGAAGAGGAGAGGAGCUCCCCAGCAGCCCUAUGCGAACACGACCACUAUCCAACCUGUUUGGGUGACACAACUCAGAAUCAACAAUAUUAACAUUAACCAGCGUUGAUUUACAAAAUACAGUUUUCUCACAUUUAUAACCUGACAGGUCAGGCUUUUUUUUUUUUUUUUAAAUCAGAGGUCACAUCUUUAACUUAUAGAGUCACACUGAGUUUAUAAUUAUAUUAAUAGAGCAUUUUACUUUAAAUAAACGUAUGUCAAAUGUAUGUUUGUCUAAAAUUCUAACUUAUUUUUUGUUCCAGUUGCAGUUUUAAAGUUAAUCAUAUGUAGCAUUUUAUUUGCACAAUAAUUGCCUGAGUUUAAAAUGAAUUACUGCCCUAUGAUUUGUGUCUUUUCUUUUGUGUUUUGGAACAGGCAGCUUCAACUCUUCCUGAGGUUAUUCUUUUAAACACUACAAGAGAACAAUGUUUACAAACGGUAAAUUGUUUGCAGAGUAAACUAAUAUAUUCAUAGAACUAAUUCUGUAAAUCUCAACCUCCUUUGAUGGAGCGGUGCUGAUUUUUUUUGAAAAACAUGUCUGUACUGUGAAUGGAUCUUUUUUUAUUUGAUUUCUAUGUAGCUGGUUUUAUUAUUCAAACUGCCGUUAGCACAGAAUUGUCGUAGGUCCAAACCACCAUGUCUCUCUGUCAUUUUGGCACUCGUCACUUUGGAGAUAGUUUUUAAAGAUGAGAAGAAAAUUGCUCCAACUUAAACUUUGCCGGCUGUUAUUGGUCCUAUAUCAUGUGUAUAUAUGGGAAUAUUGUACACAUGAUUUUAAAGAAAUCGAGGAAUUUGUUAAACCCAUUUGUAUAAAACACUGUGUGUAUAUAUAUAUAUAUUGUCAGAAUGAGAGGGCUUGAGGUAGAUCUCUACCUUUGGCGUUUGUUAAUCAAGUUUGGAGACCAAAAAAGAUCUAAAGUGUUCAAACAACGGGCUGCCAGUUUUUCUGUCAUAUACAAAUACCUUUAUAAGAAAUGGUUACACAUAAGGACCAUUGUUAAGGUGAAAGACAAAUGGAGAAUUUACAGUUUACACCGUUUUUCUACUGAUCAUGCUGUACCUCAAAUCCUCUGACUCACUGUAACAGGAGUUAAAGUGGUCUGGACCUAUUUCUGCAGAUUGCAACACUUUUUGUGCAAAUCUUCCAUUUUGAAAAUUCUCUACACAAUUUUAAUCUGAAAGACUGAAACUAAUUAAUCUCAUAGAUUAACAAUUUCAUGGAGACCUGUCUUGUGUCACACUCAAAUGGGUAUUUAGGUCAAUUUAAAUACCUAUUUUCAGGCUCGUUCCACUGCCUGAAAAAUUGAGCUCUGAUUAGUUUACCAGUAAAUAUGCAAUCCACUUUCACUCUGGGCCAGAUUUUAUACAACAAGUUGCCUUUGUUGCCUCUUGCAUUGUUCUGACCCAGCAUGUACACAAUCAGUAGUUCAUGAAUCAUGUAUGUAACAUAUUGGGAUAGUAACCACUCUGGACCAAAACAUGCUGUAUGUUUACCUGAGAGGCACACUGACUUUGACUGUUUUCCCAAAUAUGUGAACCUUACUUGUACCUGAUUAUUGGCUCAGUUACAAAUUGUGUAUUUCAUGAAUGUUCCCUUAUUAUUGUGUAGCUUUUGUACUCAAAUCAUAGGGGGCGUCAUGGAUUUAUAUGGUUGACUCUUUUGAUGUACAAAUGUUUUGUGCACAUUUGAUGUCACUUUUUCAGAUGCAUGACUAGAGGAUUGAAAAUGCUGUGCACUGAUGUUUUUUUUUUUAUGUCUGUAAGUCAUUGUUUGUGUCUUCUUUGUGAAAUACUGUAAAGAUAUCAUGUGGUGUGAAUACACUGUUCCUGAGCCACUGUCAUCUUCCUCUAUGUUAA